UUACUCGCUACUUCGGCCACACACGCGUUUUUCCCAAAUCGUGGUUUUUUUUUUAAAUUAAUUAAUUAAUUUCGUGUAUUCAAUUUGACCAGCGUUAUGUUUGCAAAACGAGCGCCUACUUAGAUUGACAGCCCGGCCCCGAGUCCGGAUGUGAAAACCACUGAGUGACUGUGUUUUUUUUAAAGCAAAUUCGUACGAAUGCCAGAGUUCGGUUCGUGUCGCAGCGCGCGUGUGUGUGUGUAGAGCGAAGAGGAGAAGCGAAGAAUUGCGAAAGCAGUAAGAAGAGUGCAAAAGAGGAAGCACAAAGACAAAAGGAAGGCGAUAAAAAGCGGACAGCGGCAGUCCGGCGAUCAAACGAACGGCGGAACGGACGGCAUGCAGCAGUCAGGAGGAGGAGGAGCACGCCAUCGACAUAUCUGUCACAUCCCCCUGCCCUGUUAGUUGUGGCGCCAAACAGUUCAGUUCAGUUUAGUUUUCAUCGCCGCGUGUGUGAAAUCUCAGUGGAGAGAAAAAAAAAAUCUAAAGGUAACAAAAAAAACACGACGGCGUGCGUAAGCGCACUCACACAUACACUCGCUCAUACAGCGAGCACACACACGCACACACAUUUACUCGCAGGCGCGCGCUCGCGCUUGUUGGCAGGAAUUGCAACAGUGUGAGCUCCCGUUAUUUGUGUAAUUUUUUUUAGUUGAGUUUUGUUGUGUGUGCUACGCUUCUUUUCGCUUGGUGUCUCUCUUUUGUGCCGUUGCUUCGCCGGCAAGAGAGCGAGAGAGAGAGACAGUUGGAGAGUCGAAGAUAGGAAGACUCCAGAACCUGAGCCGAAAUUUACAUUAUGUCGGAGUCUGAGGAUGGUCUAAAGCUGCAGCGGGGUCCCGGGACCAAAGCUAGACCGGCAUCCUCGCAAGCGGCAGCGGCAAUCCAGUUGCAUCCCUUGACGCCACUGAAGGAGGCGCCCGAACAGGAGGAGGAGGAGGAGGAGACCGCGGGAGCCAGCAACAACAACACCAUCAUGGGCAAGAUGAAGAAGCGGCUGAGCAUUCUGCCCGCUGCGUUAAGCGGUUGGUUCUCGCCCUCGUCGAAAUCGGAUGCUGCAGCCUCCCCGCAGCAGGACCUGAUCCGUCAACCCAACGGAUGCACCAAACGAAAACGCGGUCGCCGUCGCAUUGUCCUGGCCGAGGCGGAUGCUGAGGCCGACGAUGUGGACGAUGGCAGCGAUGCCAGGGGCCUCAACUACGAAGAGGUGGCCCUGGCCGAUAAUAUAACCGAGCAUGAUCUGGCCGCCGAAGAUGAGCAGAGGCGGCGAAGCGAGUACAAUGUGUUUCUGUUACGCAGACAGCAGGAUGCCCUCGCUGCAACUGGCGGCAGCGAGGAAGAUGAUGUGGAGGAGGACGACGUCGAGGAGGAUGAGGAGGACGAGGAAUGCGAGGAAGAGGACGAUGACGAUGUGCACGAGCAGGUCGCGAAGCGCCAACGUCUGAAGCUGGAGACCACCGUCAGCUUACCUCACAUGCGCCGCAUGCCCUUGGGUUCGUCCACGCCCGCUGCUUCUCUCGUGCCGGCAUCCGUGUCUGUGGGUGGCGUUCGGAGCACUAACAGUCAGCUGCCUCCGCACCGUCGCACCCACCUGAAUUUAUAUCAAAAUCAGCGGACCCGUGAACCCGCAUUUAACUUCUUCGCCGGCAACGAAACCGCCGCCGAAGGCACUACCGGCGAUUUGCCGCACAGUAUCCGGCGUUCCCUGAACAUACCUUUUGGCAGCGUCGCUGGCAGUGGCAGUUGCAGCAGCAGUGUCACUAGCCGCAACAACAGCACCCUCUCGCUCUCCAGCCUGCCCCACCACAAACGACCAUCUCUGCUGGGCAAGCGUACUGACCUUCGUGACCGAAACCUAAUCGAUUGUACUAACGAUCGUCAGCGCGAACUUAUUAUAAAUAACAAUAACAACAAUGUGGAAAAGCCAAGCAUGGGAUCUUCUAGCACUGCGGCCUCUGGAACGGGAGGAGGAGACUCGCACUCUGAGAGUGAUCAUGUUGAACUGAAUUUCCACGACAACGGCGAGGCGCACCACAGCCACAGCAACAGUCGCUUGGAGUUUUACGGCAACCUGCUGAGUAACAAAUCUCUAUUCAACACAAUCAACGUCCAGCCCACUCUGCACAAUUCCACGUGGUCCCUGAAUUCGCUGAGCAAUAGGCGGACAUUCAAUGCGACGAUAUACGGCAGCACUUCGGCCCUGAGCGACAGCCGUCUGCUGAGUCACAGGGGCUCCACAACAUCCUCAGUCAGCUCAUCAAGCUCACCCUUCUACAAAGGACCCACGGCCUUUGGCGGCAACUCGGCGAAUAAUCGCUUCUUUAAUCGCAGCUCAUCGGCCGCCUCCUCACUGCGGUCAAUCAAUUCCCGCACCGGUAUGCCGGUGCAACUCACAGGCUUAAAGCCAACGGAAAUGCGCACUAAAAAUCCUGCAGAGACAAGUGGUGGAGCGCUUAGCUCUAGCUCUAGGUCGAUUGAUAAUCGAAACCCUGUCAUGUCUAAAACCACGCAUCGCAUCCUCAACCUGCUGGACAGGUACUCCACGCCGCUGAUUGAUGUCAAGCGCAUGGGCAGCACCCUCAAGGAGCACCAGAGUAGCCGCAGGUUGCGCGACAAUGCGCCUGCUGGCAGCCCCUAUUCGGUGCCUCAGAGUUCCGGGAACAACACUGGAUCCGUGCAGAGUCCAAAUGCCAGUUUGGCGGAGCUGCGCUCGAACAAAUUACUACUGCCGACAAUGCAGCAGCUGCUGGAGCGCCGGUGUCUGAACCGGGUGACUACCAACACGCGCAAUCUAAUACAGACCCAAAGACAGAACGCCGGUCUUGCGGAGAACAGCGAUGUGAAGAAGGCUGCAACAAAAACGUUGCCAUCAUCGGUGACCGCAACGGCGGCGGGUGUGGAUCAGCCGCAUAGCCAUAGUCAUCGUUCGAACAAGAUGCGUUCGAAGCUCUCACACCAGACGGGGCGUAGCAAGGAGUCGCGCGACGAGGAACCAGCACCGCCUCCACCGGAUCUGCCCCAGAUCAGUUUCCCAGACAUGGCCAGCACGCCCAAGUUCGAUCUGGUCAUCGAUAAGACCUCGCUCCACAAGGCCAUCGUCCCAUCCUCGACGGAGAGCAAGACCGAGAACAACAUAGCCACUAUAGCCACAAAGCCAAACUUUCUGGUCAAUCCGCAACCCAUGAACGCUGUUAGCUUUGCAGCCAAUGGAAGUGCCACCGCCACGGAUCGUCUCUUUACCUUUGCGAAGCCCACGCCACUGUCGUCCAACUCGCAGGAUAACUCUAUGGCCGAGCUUAGUGUUGCCAAACCUGGAUUUUCCUUCACAGCGCCAAGUGCUCUUCAUGAGGAGGCGGAGCAUCCGGCAACGAACGGCCUGCCGGCGCAGGGCUUUGGUGAGCAGUUCAAGAAGUCUGGUAAGGAAUGGGACUGCGAUGUGUGCAUGGUGCGCAACAAGGUCGAGGCUAGCAAGUGUGUGGCCUGCGAGACGCCCAAGCCGGAAGCGGCCAAGGCUGCUCCAGCACCUACUCUCUUCGAACAGUUCAAGAAGUCGAGCAAGGAAUGGGACUGCGAUGUGUGCAUGGUGCGCAACAAGAUCGAGGCUAGCAAGUGUGUGGCCUGCGAGACGCCCAAGCCGGGAGCGGCUAAGGCUGCUGCUCAGGCAGCUCCAUCUUCUCUGGCUCCCAUUGUUCCGAUCGGUGCCGGUUUUGGAGAUCGUUUCAAGAAGUCAUCGAGUGCCUGGGAGUGCGACUCUUGCAUGGUUACCAACAAGGAAGAGGAUAGCAAGUGCAUUGCAUGCACGACACCCCGGAUGGCAGCCAAACCAACAAAGAUUAACAAUUUCCCACUUACAACAGCCUCCGGUGUUGGUUUUGGGGAUGCCUUCAAGCCCAAGACCGGCCAGUGGGAGUGCAAGACGUGUAUGUUGAUGAACCAGCCAACUGCCGUGGAAUGCGUGGCCUGCCAGUCGGAAAAUCCGCGACUCAGCAGCACUUCCGAGCCAACCUCGAGCUCAUCCUCGUCUUCCGCGGCCUCUUCCGCGACGUCUAAACCAGCCUCACCUCACGCCGCCAACAGUGUAUCCUCCAGCACUAGCUUUAAGUUCGGCUUCACACCAGGAAUUGCUGCUGCGCCCAAGCCGGAUGCGGGUUUCCAGCAGCUGGUGGCAUCCCAAAAGGCCGCCAGUUGGAAUUGCGACGCGUGCUUGGCCCAGAACGACAUGUCCCGCAACAAGUGCAUCUGUUGUGAGCAGCUCAAGCCCGGCAGCAGUCCCACCAGCAGCGUGUUGCCGGUUUGUGGAGGGGGCAAUUCGGUACCAAAGUUUAAUUUUGGAUUUGCGCAUACCCAGCUGGCGAAGUCUGGUUUCACCAAGGAGGAAACAAAGGCAACGACGGCCACUUCAAGCACAGAAGAAACUGAUGCCGCUGUUCCGGCUCCGGCUCCAGCUCCAGCUCCAUCCCAGCAGUUUGUAUUUAGGGCGCCAAAUACUUCAAGCCCCGCCAGCUCAAGCAACGCCACUACCACAACCACAGCCACAACCACCACUAGCAGCAGCACUCCGGCCCUAGCUGGAUUUACCUUUGGUGCUCCACCUUCCUCCUCCUCCACGGUGUCCAGCUCCAGCGCCAACUCAAUGCCAACUGCUAAGCCCCUGUUUAGCUUCUCGGGAGCUGGAUCCGCUAGCGCCGUGAGUAGCACCAGUAGCCAGCAACCGGCGCCCAAGACAGAGACUUUGAGCUUUGGUGCAACCAAUACCAUAACAACGACCUCAUCGACAGGCUUCUCCCUAAAGCCAGCAGCAACUCCAGCGCCAGCGACAGGACUAACUUUUGCUGCCAUUUCAGCAUCUGCUUCAGCAGCAGCUCCUACUCCAGCUGCAGCUGCAGCUGCAGCUCCUAGCUUCAGCUUUGCCACUCAACCGAAACCCGUGUCAACUCCUGCUGCCGCCGGUACCUUCUUCUUUGGUCAGCCAACGACUGAAACUUCAGCGGCACCCACAGUUAGUGCCGCUGGUGUGAGCUCUAUUUUCGGAUCAACAGCAGCAGCAGCAGCUAUCACCAGUACAGCCGCCAGCUCAGUCAGCACUAAUAGCACCGUUGUCAGCAGUGCUGCCGCCGUGGCGCCAUCGAAUCCGAUGCUGUUCAGUUUCGGAGGAGCUAAUAAGCAAGCCGAGGAGACAUCUGCUGCGAAACCCUUUGUCUUUGGCUCCGGUGGAUUGGGAGCGGCGGCGACGACGACAAUGCCUAGCUUUGGCUGGCCCAGUAAUGGAGCCACGGGGAUGAGCAGCACCAGCAGCAGCAGCAGCAUUAAUGCAGUCACCAGCACAGCGGCGGUGUCAUCCUCACAGAGUGUAAUGAUGACCCAGCCGAUAUUUGCCAACAGCACUCCUAUGUUUGGAGCUCCCAGCAGCGUUGCCAGCAGCAGUUCCCUAUUCGGCUCGACGGCCACGACAGCGGCAGCCACUCCGGCAGCUGUUAACUUGGGUGGAAACGGAGGUCUUCCCACCGUCUUUGGGAAUGUGGGCAAUUCCCUGGUGGCGCCCGUAGCCACAGCAGCUGCGACACCUGCAGCUGCGGCCCCGGGACCGAUGGGCAACAUCUUUGGAAAUCCCACGGCCAUUGCUGCACCGGCUUCAUCGUCAUCGGUGUUUGGAAGCGGCGCUGGAGGAUUCGGACAAGGUGCUGCUGCAAUUACGACCCCGGCAGUGGGCCAGGGAGGAACGACAAAGCCUGCAUUUAACUUUGGCGGAGCAGCCGCUGCCACGGCAACUUCGUCUGCUGUGCCAUUUAACUUUGGGUCCGGCACUGCUGCAGCAGCCAAGCCAACGUUCAACUUCACGGGUUCGGUAACUGCCUCCACACCGCAGGCAGGCGCCUUUACCUUCACUGCAAAUCCAACAGCUGCUCCACUAACAGCCGGCGAUAGUAUCUUUCGGUUUGGUGCUUCAUCAACGGCGGCGGAUAUGGGAGGAGCGGUAGCGGGACCGGAUGGAGCCGCCUCCUCCACUGCCUCCUCCAUUGCAUUUGGUGGUAUGCCGCCGAUGUUUAAUUUUAACAAUACAACGCCGCAAACUCAGAUGCAGCUUCAAUCAGCCAGCUGGCCAGUCGGCUCAAAAUUCGCAAAUGCUCCGCCGCAAAGUGCGCACUCCGAUGCGCCGCCUGCCGCCCCGGUAGAAAUGGCAUCGCGAUCGGCCGCCCAGGUAGCUGCUCUUCAGGCCGCCAAAAGAUUAAAAAUGUCGAUACCGGUGGAGUUGGAGAGGGAGCGACAUCUACAGCUAAAGGAGCUGGAGUGUAUCCAAGAACAGAAUAUGACGAAGGACAGAACAGAACAGAACAAUCGCAACAGCAACAACAGUAACAGCAGCAACAGAAGCAGCAGCAAAAACAUCAGCUUCACCAACAGCAGCAGCAACAGGAACCACAGCAACUACACCUACUCCAACAGAUACAGCAUCCACAGCAACUACACCUACUCCAACAGAUACAGCAACAACUAUACCACCAAAUACAAAGCCAAACACAACAGUGACAGAGGACACAGACACUUCACUGCUGACCAGAGUAAUCGUAGAGUUGCAGUAUCGUCCGCACGACCGGAGCGGAGCGAAAGUGGAUAUGGAACUGCCCAGACUACUGGAGUCAAUCGACGCAAUAUGCACAGUCCCUAUAGGUAUGUGCGACAUUAAAGCGACGACGGGGAGCCGCGCCUCAACUGACUGAAACCCAAGAAGAGCCUCGAUAAUACAGUAACGACUUGACUGGGCCACAAGGAGGAGAAGAGAUGUAGCCGUAACACACACUGUAAAACGUAUAAACACAGCGCCACCGGGAAAGGAUGCGGAUGAUGAGUUGCCGGCCGUUUACACAUAAAUAUAUACAUAGUCUAUAUUUCUUCUUCAUUAGUUUAGUUCAGUUAUGUUUAAUGAAUAUAUAUUAUAAAUGUUUAAAAGAUUCUUUUUUUUGUUGAUUCUAAAACCUGCUAAAUAUCUAGUGUAUCUCAAUAUCUAUAUAUGUAUAUAUAUAUAUAUAUAUAUCGUGUAGGGAGAACCACGCGGAUGACCGACUUUUAAUGUGUCCGCACGGCUUACCAUGUGUAAAUUGUAAUCUAAUUUUAUCCCUGUAGCUAUUGUCAUUGCAAAUUGUUUGUGAUUCUCCUAGGCCCUCGGCAUAUACAUAUAUAUAUAUAUACAUAAAUACAUUGGCUUACAUUUUUUGUAGUAGACUUAAUUAAACGAUAAUUAUGUAAUAAUUAUUUUGUGAAAAUGUAAAGAACCGAAGUGAAACGGCAAGCAAGAGCUGCAAGGAGGAUAAGAGAGAUAGCGCAAAAAGUAAACUAUAUUAUAUAUAUAUAUAUAUAUAUAAAUAUGUA